AUGUCAGGACGAGGAAAAGGUAAAGGGAGAAAGAGCAGUGCCAAGAGCAGGUCUAGCCGUGCUGGUCUACAGUUCCCAGUUGGGCGCGUUCAUCGUCUACUUCGCAAGGGAAACUUUGCAAGACGUGUUGGAGCUGGAGCUCCCGUCUACUUGGCUGCUGUGAUGGAAUAUCUUGCUGCCGAGGUUCUCGAGCUGGCCGGCAACGCCGCCCGUGACAACAAACGUAGCAGAAUUAUCCCAAGACAUCUGUCUCUUGCUGUCCGCAACGACGAGGAACUGAACCGUCUUUUCGGGAGUGUCACCAUUGCCCAAGGCGGUGUGCUGCCCAACAUCCAAGCUGUGCUUCUCCCAAAGAGAAAGAAG